GUAUGCCUUCGAAGAUGGCUGCCUACGUGACACGGGCUGCCGCUCGAGCGGCAGAGACGUUCGUGCGUGCAUGUUUGUGUUGCUGUUAGAACAGCGAGUAAUUUGUCAUUUCAAGUUUGUGUAGUAUUCUCGUACCGCCACGAUGGCGGAUAACACUGGACUGUUCGCACUCGUUGUAACUAUGGGUGUAGGCAGCUAUGUGAGCGGAUUGCUUCCACUAGCUAUUCCUCUAUCGGAGGCUCGUCUGCAUCUAGUUUCAGUUUUUGGGGCAGGGUUGUUGGUUGGAACCGCACUAAGCGUCAUAGUUCCAGAAGGCGUCAGCACUUUAUACAAUUCAUAUGUCUAUAACAGUGCAAGUCAUCUUAGCCAGCAUGAACACCAAGCCCCCAAAACGACGGGAGGUACAGCAUCUGCAGCGAACCAUGUUCACAGUGCAACAGAGAUUACUAGGGAUCCACACCAGCUUGUUGGAAUUACGUUAGUUUUGGGAUUCUUGUUCAUGCUGAUCGUAGACAAGUGCUUCUCACAGCGUCACCACAGCACAUCCGAUGCGGAGGCGACGGUGAAGAUCGGCGAAGGUCGCAAGACAAACUUCACGGCCACUCUCGGCCUUGUUGUUCAUGCUGCAGCCGACGGCAUCGCGUUGGGCGCUGCAGCAACGACUGGCAAGGUGGAAACGGAGUUUGUGGUGUUCCUGGCCAUCGUACUGCACAAGUUCCCUGCUGCAUUUGCUCUGGCCACUUUUUUACUGCACGAAGGCCUGGAACGGCCGACGAUUCGCAGGCAUUUGGCUGUCUUCUCACUGGCUGCUCCUGUGAUGACUCUGACCACCUAUUGUGUCAUCAAUUAUAAAUCUCAAGAAGGGUCCAACUCGCUCAAUUCCACUGGACUGGCUCUGCUGUUCAGCGCGGGCACAUUCCUUUAUGUAUCGACGGUACACGUCCUACCGGAACUGGUCUCUCGCCAUGCCGACCCAGACGUGAGGAAUCGGUCCAGCGAGGGGUUCAGGAGGAGAGAUGUUCUUAUCCUUAUAGUGGGCACAAUCCUACCCAUGUUCCUUACAUUGGGUCACCAUCACUGAACAGUGUCACGAACUCUUUCCACGGACGCCCCUCCGUUUUGAUGUACCUUACAUCGAUGGACUCCCGAGGGUAUUUGAUUUAAUAAAUGGCUCUACAUGUACAGCGAACUGGCUCGCAAGAGCCAGAACAUGUUGAAGAAC